AUGCUUGCGAGAGUGGUCUCCAGACUGCCCGCAGCAUUCCACCGAGCCACAAAAUGUGACAACGCCGUUCUACGCCAGCCAACACAUCUGGCAAAUCCGAACACCAUAGAACCCGUGCGAACGCACCUCCCACCGUCCCCGACAUCGAACCUCUCGCGACACUACGCUUCCUCCUCCUCCUCCUCCUCCUCCACCCGCUGGAAGAGCCGCCAGAGCCGCGACUCCUACGCCCGCGAAGCCAAAGUAGCCGGGCUCAAGUCCCGCGCCGCAUACAAACUCCUCGAAAUCAACGAGAAACACCACCUUUUCCGACGUGGAGAUACGGUUGUUGAUCUGGGAUUCGCGCCCGGGAGCUGGAGUCAGGUUGCGGUGAAUCGGGUGAGUCCCGGGGGCAGGGUGGUGGGGAUCGAUGUGAUCCCGGCGCAGCCUCCGCGGGGAGCGAAUGCUUUGCAGGGGAACUUUCUGAGUGAGGAGAUUAGGGAAGAGCUCUGGAAGUUUGUGAGUGAUCCGUUGAGAGGGAGGGUGAGGUCGAGGGGAUUUUCGAAUCAGGAGGUUAGUGAAGAUGACUUGGAAGAGGACGGGAGAGGGGUGGUGGAGUUGAGUUCUACGGAGGGAGAGAAGGAUGGAAAGGAGGCGGCCAAGGAGGGGGAAAAGAUGUCGCAGAAGGAAGUUGAUGUCGCAGAGGGGAGGGUGGUCAAUGUUGUCUUGAGUGAUAUGUCAGAACCCUGGCCUCUGGUCACCUCGACGUGGGUCAAGAGCGUUUCUAACCCCUAUCGCAGGAUGCUCAAUACUUCUGGUGUGCAGGCGAGAGACCACGGGAAAUCAAUGGUAACACAGCCUCUGCAAGAACAUCAAGCCACAUCGAUACUAACGCGUGGUAUAUCAGGAUCUCUGCAUGGCCGCUCUGACCUUCGCGUACGACACCCUCGCCGCCGGUGGGAACUUUCUGGCCAAAUUCUAUACCGGCGCCGAGGACCAUGCCUUCGAAUUGCGGUUGAAGAAGUUGUUCGAGAAGGUCCAUCGGGUCAAGCCUGAUGCUACGAGGAAGGAGAGUAAGGAGGCGUAUUUUGUGGGGCUGAGGAGGAAGGCGGGCGUCGCUCGCGAGGAUGUUCUUGGAGAUGGGUGA